CUCGCAAUUUAAACGGUUCAUAAAUUUCCAUUGUAAAGUUUAGCGGAAGGCCUCCGAUCAGGCGAUCACCGUACAGUUCAGCAGGCACAGCGAGCAGCGGGAAGCAACAACAUCCAACCGGAGAGCCUUUGACGACGAUGGAUGUUCCUGGUCCCAGGAAUAAAACCAUUUGCAGAGAAGGAAGUGGCGAUGAUGGCGAUAGAAUCAGUUCUCUGCCAAACAAUCUGAUUGAGCACAUCUUGACCUUUCUUCCAUUACGAGAAGCGGCCAAGACUAGUGUCCUGUCAACUGGCUGGAGGCGCAAAUGGGUGAAUAGUCCAUCGCUUGCAUUCGAUGGUCAGUUCUGGAACCCAUACCCAGUUGGGGUGGCUCCUUGGUAUCUCGGUAGUAAUGGGGUCUAUCCUAUUAGCAUCGAGAAACUAAUGUUGAAUGUGUUCACAGUUCUCUGCCACCAUAGGGGACCCUUGAGGGAGUUCUCUCUUUCUAUCCCUCAACUGAGUACCUUUCCUGCUUAUGUUGAUCAGAUUUUGCUUUCCUUGUACGAGAAAUGUAUUGAGAGCUUAUUCAUUUGGAUCAAUGAAUACAAGGUUCCUCAUUGUCUCUUCUCAUUCAGGCAGCUCAAGAAGUUGCGUCUGUACGCCUGCACGUUCACUUCCUCCCAAAUUUCGUUCGAGGAAUUCAGUAUGCUUACUAGCCUUGAACUUAAAUGGAUCAAAUUCCCAAAUGCUCAGCGGGUUUCUUUCAUCAUCAGAUGCCCAUUGCUUUUAACUUUUACUAUGAUUGCUUGUGUCACUGCUAAUGGCACCUAUCUUGAUAUACUGAGCGAAGCACCCAGCCUGAGCUAUCUCAACUGCGUAGGAAGCUUCAGUUCUGUGUGUGUCAAAUAUGCUCCGCAUCUCAAAGAUGUUACUGUCCAUCAGACUGCAAGGACUUGGGAACUAAAGAACUGAUUAUUCAACCUGGUCAAGUAUUUAGGUUAAUGAUGCUAAGGGAACUAAGGUUGGGUGAAUUGUGUCUCAGCUGUCCGAGGGAUGUCUGUCGUAGUAUGCUCUUAAUCAUAGUUGCCCCAAACUUGCAAGACCUCAUCAUCACUACCAGGCCAAUCGCAACCCAGUACAUAGCUCUCAACCUGAUAUCUGCCGUACAGAGGGUGUGUGGAAUGAUGAAACACAGAGCAAGUAAGCUGGUGAAAGUGGAGAUCAAUCAGUUGCAGGGUGUAAGGACUGAGAUGUGUUUCAUUCAAUGGUUAUUAGCUGCUUCACCUGAGCUUCACAAGAUGGAGAUCAAGUUUUCUCCUAAUUCGCUACCUACUGACCAGUUUUUAUAGGCAAGGCUCAACCAUGACAUCCUGCAAGAUUUGCCACUUUCAAACUUGAGCAGGAGCAAAAUGGUUUCAAAGUUGAGACGGGAGAGAUUGAAGGAAUAUCACCUAUUCCAGAGUUCAGCGGGGCCUGGGACGGGGAGUGGCAGGAACGAAGCGACUGCACCAAUAUCCAACCGAAAGAUCACAACAAGAGAGCCAGCCAUUGACGACUAUGGAUGUUCCUGGUCCGGGGAAUAAAAAGGUUUGUAGGAGCGAUGGCGGCGAUGAUGGUGAUAGAAUCAGUUCUCUGCCGCAGAGUCUAAUUGAGCACAUCUUGACCUUUCUUCCACUACGAGAAGCAGUUAAGACCAGUAUCUUGUCAUCUGCCUGGAGGCACAAAUGGGUGAAUCGUCCAUCACUCGUAUUCGAUGACCGUUUCUGGACGCCAUUCCCAGUUGUUGAGACAUCUGCCCAGUACUAUGCCACUUAUGGGGUCGUUCCUCGUACGAUCGACAGACUCAUAUCGGAUGUGUUCAGAGUUCUCUGUUACCACAAGGGACCCUUGAGGGAGUUCUCUCUUUCUAUCCCUCAACUGAGCAGCUACCCUGCUCUUGUUGAUCAGAUCUUGCUUUCCUUGCACGAGAAAUGUGUCGAGAAGUUGUGCAUUGAGAUCGAUGGUUGCAAGCUGCCUAGUCGUCUCUUCUCAUUCAGGCAGCUCAAGAAGUUGCAGUUGCUUGCGUGCACGUUCACGUCCUCUCGAAUUUCGUUCGAUCAAUUCAGCGCGCUUACUUGCCUUGAUCUUAGAUUAACCAAGUUCCCGGAUGUUGCUGGGGUUUCUCUCGCCAUUAGAUGCCCAUUGCUGUCAUCUUUGAUUAUGAUGGAUUUUGGCAGUGCCUUCAACCGCCUCGAUAUACUGAUUGAAGCAUCCAGCCUCAGCCUUUUCCAUUUUGUUGGGAGCUUCAGCUCUCUGUUGGUCAAGGAGGCUCCACUUCUCAAAGACGUGACUGUCUAUCGGACUGUAAGCUUUGUUGAUCUUCCUAGGAACAAAGAUGAACCCACUAAUUUCGUGAAAUUAUGCGGAGGUUGUCCAGCAGUUGAGCGGCUAUCUGUAGCAAUGUGGUUGUUCGUGAAUAAAUCCAUUCGCAGUAGCGAAGGUGGCGAUAGAAUCAGUUCUCUGCCGCAGAGUCUAAUUGAACACAUCUUGACCUUUCUUCCCCUACGAGAAGCAGCUAAGGCCAGUGUAUUGUCAACUGCCUGGAGGGAUAAAUGGGUUAAUCUUCCAUCGCUCAUAUUCGAUGACCGUUUUUGGACGCCAUUCCCAGUUGUUGAGACGUCUGCUCAGUACUAUGCCACUUAUGGGUCCGUUCCUAAUACGAUCGACAAGCUCGUGUUGAAUGUGUUCAGAGUUCUCUGUUACCACCGGGGACCCUUGAGGGGGUUCUCGCUUUCCAUCUCUCAACUGAGGAGCUACCCUGCACAUGUUGAUCAAAUCCUGUUUUCCUUGUAUGGCAAACCGAUUGAGAGUUUAUGCAUUGCGAUCGAUGGGUACAAGCUGCCUAGUCGUCUCUUCUCAUUCAGGCAGCUCAAGAAGUUGCAGUUGUUUGGCUGCGUGUUCACUUCGUCCAAAAUUUCGUUCGAGGAAUUCAGCAUGCUUACUUGCCUUGAUCUUAGAUCGGUCAAGUUCCCGGAUGUUGCUGGGGUUUCUCUCACUAUUGGAUGCCCAAUGCUUUCUGCUUUGAUUAUGCAUGAUUGUGGAAGCGCCUUCAACCGUCUAGAUAUAGUGAUCGAAGCACCCAGCCUCGGCCUUCUCCAUUGUGUGGGGAGCUUCAGCUCUCUGUGGGUCAAGGAGGCUCCACUUCUCAAAGAUGUGACCGUCUAUCAGACUGCAAGCUUUGCUGGUCAUCCUAGGAGCAAUGGACCCUCCAAUCUCAUGAAAUUAUGUGGUGGUUGUCCAGCAAUAGAGCGGCUCUCUUUAGCAUUCCAGCUCUUUAAGCUGAUUCUUCAACCGGAUCCAGCUGUGAACCUAAUGAUGCUUAGGCAACUGAAGAUGACUGAAGUGUGUCUCAGCUUUUACCAGGAUAUGUGGAGUGUUGUUAUCUUAAUCCAACUCUUCCCCAACUUGCAAGAACUCAUCAUCACUACGACGGCAGGUGCAAACCAGAAGGAAGUUAUCAGCCUGCCAAAGAAAAAACUGGAUAAAACCAGGGAGUACAUAGCAAGUAGGCUGGAGAAAGUGGAAUUGAACAAGUUGCAGGGUGUGCGGUACGAGUUACGUUUCAUUCGAUGGUUAUUAUCCGCUACACCCAAGCUUGUCAAGAUGGGGAUCACAUUGUCGGCAAAUAUAGAGCCCAGUCACCAGAUACAAACUCUGAAAGAGUUGAAUGGAUUUCAGCGGGCCUCCAGCACUGCACAAAUCAUAUUCAAGUGAUAGCCGCACUGGUAGUGGUUUCCGUAGCCAUUAUCUUCUCAAGUAGAUGAAAUUUAUGCUAGUCUUCUUAUGUUGUGCAUUGAGUACUCUUUCAUGGCACCUUGCUUUGGUGCAGGCCUUGUUACUGAUUUUGCAGGCCUUGCAUUGAGUACAUAUAUAUAUAUUUAUAGACAGGAAACAAUGUUCAUUUGGCC